AAAAGAUUGAUAGCGUUUGCGUUGUCGAGUCGAUUGUUACAAAAAUAAAAAUUGGAAAUCUACAACAAAAAUAAAAUUACCUAUUCUAAAGUUUAUUAUAUUGGUUGUUUCUUUAUUCGCUUAUUUUCUUUUCUGACUUCAUUUUUUUAGGCUGAUAGGAACGGUCUUAAUUACUUAAAAAUUAAUCGAUGUAUCAUUAUGCUGCCUAAUUAUUUCCGGAUAACGCGAAUUUACCGGCCUAAAAUUAGCAAUUUUCUAUUGUUUUAAGUUGAUGUUGGAAUAAAUAUAGUAAAUGUUAUGGCUCCACCUAACAACGAACGUCAGCCAGGUCAUACUGGAACUAUACCCAAAUCCAAAGUGAGAAACAAUUGUAAUGUUCCCCAGGAAGCUGUGACUCCAACUAGAAGAGACAUGACCAGUAAUCUGGUAACGACAUCUUUAGAUUGGGUUCCUGUAUCAGAAUACAAUACAAGAUCAAAUUAUAACCAAUCCAGAAAACCAUCAAACAACACAUCUGAUCCUGAACUGACUGAUUUAGAUAACUCUGUAUCAUUUGAGAGUGGAUUUGGAAGAUUUGUCCCUGUGAGGCCACAACCCCGUGUUCUGCCCCUGAAUGUACAGAACCGGGACAACAUAGGGUCUGAACAGCAUGAGGACAUCACUGGACCUAACAUCUCAACUCACACUUUACAUCCUUAUGCACAUCAAAUGCAAAAUGGAUUAAUCCCACACACUAAUCAUGCUGCUACUGCUGUCAUGAUUGUGAAUCCAACUACCCCUAAUGCAGUGACUGGGAAUAUGUCACAACCGUUUAAUGCUCCAAGUCAGAACAGAAACAAUUUAUCUAGAAAUAUAAAUUCUGCUCGCAAUAACUUUGAUAACAACAGCCAUUCAAGUAACAACAAUUCUGCACCCUCUGCAUCUAGUUCUAGGCCUGGGACAAAAUCUGUCAAUUUAAUAAACAACAUGUAUGACCAGGGACAAGGCAACUUCAAUAACCUCAACGAAAACAACCAUGUUCAUAGGGAGUCUGCGCGAGCACUAGGUGAAGCGAUAGUGGCCGCUUGUCCUGACGCCGCGGCGGUUGAGCGACGGCUCGGACAGAUCAGAGAAUACAUUCGAGUGACGUCAUCCCUUGUAGAUACCAUGCGUAACUCUGAAGACGAAGCAUUUAUUGAGCACACAAAGGAAGAAUAUGAUGAACUUGUACAAAUGGUCAUGACGUUGAAGGAAAGUGAAAGUAAAUUACAAAGUAUUUUGCUAGAAAAUAAGCCCGAUAAUGUAGAAGUCCCUGCCGAUGAAACAACAGCUGAAUGUGGUUUGCUUGUUGAUUCAGUAAGUGAACACUCUGAAAGUACUUCAGUCCAAAUUCCAAAUAAUCCUUGUAUUGUUAUAACUACCAAUGAUAACAAUACAAGCAACAGUCUCAAAAAAGUAACCAAUAUAGAAAACGAACAGAUCAAUAAGACAAUGCAGAAUAUUAAAAAUAUUGACAGUGAAGACAAUACAACUGAAGCAGGUCAUGUUGUUGAAACGCCUUCAGAAGAUAUGGUUAAACAACCCGACAUUUUAAAACACUUUGUAAAUACUGAAGGGGAGUCUGAGAACAAAGUUGUAAUAGAAGAAAUAGAGACUCUUCCGGCUCCUGAAGCAGAAGUUAAAAAAGACGAUCAACAUCUGAACGAGGAGUUAAGAAAAAAUAUACUAUCUUGUGUCGAAAAGGUAGCAAUGAUUGAGGAAAUGAAAAGUGGAAAAUCGAAAGAUUUUAAUAAUAACAACGACGACAAGGACCUUGUGACUAGACCAGUGUCGGUGCAAAGCAAUGGGUCUAUGUACAGUGAAAAUGAAUUGUGGCAAAAUGAAAUUAAAAAUAAAAUGGAGUUAUCGCAGAUGCGAUUGGCUGCUCUGAAACAACAGCAGAAAAGGCUUCUCAAAUAUCAGGAGGAAGCUAAACAGCAGUUGGAGGAAAUUAAUAGAGAAAGACAACAAGACAUACAACCGUCGACUUCACAUGAUAACUUUAGUGGAAUGCAGAACCAAUCGUUCGGCGGUAAUUACCAACACUCUAAACUGUACGCGGCCAACCAAAUAGGCGUGGCGACGACUCUUCCCCACUCCGCAGACCUCACAUCUCAGUUGCACGCGCAGAUCUCAAACAAUAUGGAGGACCAUGGACAUUCGGCGCAGUCCAACCAUAGCCACGACGAACGAUACUCACAACGCGAUACGAAUGUUGGCAGUGGCGAAGAGGCCGGUGGUGGCGGGCGAGACAGUGAGCCCGAGGACGACGAGGGGCUGCUCAACGAGCGAAGCCGCGUGCUGCAGAUGAAACUGCAGGACUUGCAGAUGAAGAAACAACACAUGGAGAAUUUGGUAUCGGAAUUUCAGAAAUUACAAAUGGCUACCCGUUUGGCCAGUUCCCACAAUACAUACUCAAGUUCGGGAGAAGACAGCGCAGAAGACGAACCAUCACGUAAAUGCAACAAGGUUGGUGGGAGUGUCAAAAACGAAGAUCCAUUCAAACUGAUGGAAAUAAAAGCUAUUAAAACUGCUUUGCAAAAGACUAAAGAUCUUAUGCGAUCUGUAGAGAAUUACGAGGCUGACCAUUUAAGCAAUAAUGACGAUUCUUAUCAGAUUCCUGGUCAUUCCAACAUUCACGAUAAUAAAUCAGAGGGCGGCGGCAGUAUGGGAGGUUGGUCUAACGAUGGCAGUAUGUGUCGUGUGCGCAACUCUCUCCCGCAACGACACAAGUUCACCAACGAACAGCAUUCGCAACAACAACAACUACAAAAUCAUCAGCUCCAACAACAACUGCAACAGACUCAACAGCUGCAGCAACAAAUGCAGCAAAGCCAACAACAACAUCAGCAACAACAACAGAGUCACGAAGCAAACUUAGCAUCGCUGCAAGAACUCGCUCAGGAACUACGUAUGGAAACUGAGAAAAUUAUGGGAGAGCGUGCGCGAAUCAAGGACAUGAUAUCUAAUAAAGUACAAAGCAAGCAAAAAUGUGUGAAUUCGCUCGCCAGCGGCCCCGCCGAGCGCAGACAGCAGCAGCUGCGGGCGCUGCUCGCCGACAAGCAGCGAGAACUCGAGGCGCUGCUCAACAAACAGAAAGUGCUGAGCUCUGUGUCUGAAAACCAGCCAAUGAAAGCGGAUUCUAGGACUGCUUCUGUAGUUAACCAGUCCUAUAACAGUGAACAAGAAGAUCCUGAUUCACGCUCUGAACAAAUAUUAAUGGAUUCGGAACAUUCUAGAGAAAAUGAAAACUUUAGAGCGGGAUCGGCAGCGGGCGGCGACAGCCUGCUGGGCGCGCGCCUGGGCAGCACGUACAGCGACAGCGAUAGUGCAUCUAGAAACAAAUCCAAUCAGAGAAAUCGAGCUAGACGGAGGCAGGCGCUUGAUAGACAGACUGAGGAAAACAAUGUCUCGCAGUCUAACAAUGUGAACCAAGCUCGACACGAACCAAGAGCGGAACCCUCUAACGUCAAUAUGGUGCCGCCUAUAACACAAAAUCCGGAUAGCACAGCAAACAUGGCAUACCCGCAUCUGCCCCCUCCUUGUUGGAACACGACUAAGUCUAAUCAGGACAUGCGCAAUCAGUUCACACAGAACAGCCAUUCGCAGACUAUGGACCGUUUGCUGGGGACACCACAUAUGUCCUUCCCGCCGUCUGUGCCAUUCAACAUGAUGAUGCCCUAUGGCGUGGUGGGCGGCUGCAGCUGCGGCUGCGGGUUCUGGGGCGCGUGGUGCUGGCAGCAGCUCGCGCUGCAGCAGCGGGAGAUGCUGCAGCUCAGGGACCAGCUCACACAUCUGGAAGAGCGCUGGCGUGCUGAGACAGCCUCGCACACCCUCAAUAACCAAGUGCCGCCCGGCAAUCGCGCCAAUAACUAUUGGGAUAACUUUAGAAGCUAUUCGCGUCAAAAUCUUCUGUCGGCUAACAGCAAGACAAACGCGGACGGGCACUUGGCAGUGGGCCCGGCGCACAACCCGCAGCCGCUGGUGGAGCGCUCGCACAACAGCCUGCGGCCGGCGUCCCCGGGCGCCGCGCCCAAGCGGAACGCCGACGCCGCGCCCGCGCCGCCCGACGAGCCCUCCGCGCGGCACCCGCGCAGGAACGUCGCGUACGAGCGAUCUCUGUCGUUCUCAUCCGCGCCCGACGUCUUGAACGUCAAUCAGAACCUGGACACGGAGAGCGGCAACGCGACACAUUCUAGAAACACCGAUGACAACGCUCCCGUGGUGUCCAAUGUUAACAUCAAUCGUCAGGAACCCGCUUCUAACCCGUUCAGAAAUUUAAAUAUUACCAGCCCGAUACCUGAAAUCGUCCAAUCGCAUUCCAACAAUCUAAACACGAGCGCCAGUAAAAGAAAGUCAUCUUCUAAACUACCGGCGAAAAACUCCACUAACAGGAGGAAUUUUACUUUGGACUAUUCCCAGACUAGCAACGUUAACAUCGCGAGCACAUCCGAAACGCCUAAUCCAAAUUUAGCAUCGACAAGUCGUGAAGUACACGACAAAGCAACCUCGAAACUGUUCGAUUUGCUUAGAGAAAAUGUUUAUUCAGAAGUGACGGCCCUGAUCGGCGUAAACGAGUCGCAUCCCGAUUUUCUUAUACAAUUAUUUAGAGAACUUCAACUUAUUAGUUCCGAUCCUCUAAGACAAAGGGUUUUACAAUCAAUCCGCAAUGUACUAUCGCAUUACGAUACUAUUAUUGAAGGCCAAAGCAAUGAAAAUACACUAGAAGAAAGUAGACCAGAAGAUGUGACGACAACUUCAGAGACUAAUAACUAUCACGAUUGCAAUGCAACUACCCAAAAUGCUUGUACUAGUACCAUACAGGUCGACAAUAAGAUUGUACGAUUUUUGCUGCUGAAAAGUGAAGAGAUAUGCACCACCGAACUCCUGGAAGCAUUGGCUACUCAAAUUCUGUCUUCCGAGGGCCGAUACACCCAACAGUCUAAAAAGAAACUUAUCGACUAUCUGUCCAAAUACGAAGGUUUGCGAGUAUGUGAUAUAUCGAGCGAUAUCAUUGAAAACUUGCCACUUUUGUUAUCUGGAAGCAAUGACUGCGACGAAUCACAGCAGUCAUCGGGCCGUUCCGAGCCGUCAAUACUGCAGGAUGUCGCCGGCUCGCUCAACCUGUUCAGCUCCAGCGACCCCCAGUUGCAUCAAAUGAACGCUUGUCCUUACGACAUGUGGCCGGGGCACGUUCAUAUGGAUAUCGACGGCCACGAGUUGAACGAUAACAGCCCGCGUUCGAGUCAAGAAGGAAAAAUCGAUUUGUUGAAUUGUUCAGAGAUGCAGAACGGUGAUUUAGCUGAAGCGGACCAGACCCACGAGGCCAGCGAGGCGGGCGACGGGGACGUGGCGGACGCGCUGCCCGACGUCGUGGACACCGACGAGGUCACGCCCACUGAGGCGGAAGCGGAGUGGCUCGGGCUUGACCGUGUGCCAACGAGACUGCACAUGGAAGAAUCAUCUGAAAAGCAAAAAGAUUAAAACGCAAGAAAGUUGACAAAAGCUAAAACAUUCAUCAAUAUUUCAAUUGUAUCCUAUUAUCUUUAGUGAAUAGUGACUGCUGUAUCUUAAUAUACCUAAUACAUUUUCAUAUAAUAAUUAUAUGUA